CUUCUCUUGACCACACCGUUCCAAGGAGCCAGGACCAUGAACUUGGCCGCCGGCCGGGCUCCUGGCCGCCCGUGGCUCCCGCUGCCCACCCCGUCCGUACUCCAGCUCCUUCGCGUCUUCGGGCUGCUGUCCCUGCUCCCGGGGCCGGCCCGGGUCGGCGGGGCCGAGCAGCGCCAGGUGUUCCAAGUGCUGGAGGAGCAGCCUCCCGGCACGCUGGUGGGCACCAUCCAGACGCGCCCCGGCUUCACCUACCGGCUCAGCGAAAGCCACGCCCUGUUUGCCAUCAACAGCAGCACGGGGACCCUGUACACCACGGCCACCAUCGACCGCGAGAGCCUGCCCAGCGACGUGAUCAACCUGGUGGUCCUUUCCAGCUCGCCCACCUACCCCACCGAGGUGCGCGUGCUGGUUUGGGACCUCAAUGACAACGCCCCCGUUUUCCCGGACCCCUCGAUCGUGGUCACUUUCAAGGAGGACAGUAGCAGCGGGCGCCAAGUCAUUUUGGAUACGGCCACCGACUCGGACAUCGGCUCCAAUGGCGUGGACCACCGCUCCUACCGCAUCAUCCAGGGCAACGAGGCGGGUCGCUUCCGCCUGGACAUCACGCUGAGCCCGAGCGGCGAGGGCGCCUUCCUGCAUCUGGUGUCCAAGGGCGGACUGGACCGCGAGGUCACGCCGCAGUACCAGCUCCUGGUGCAAGUGGAGGACAAGGGCGAGCCCCGGCGGCGGGGCUACCUUCAGGUAAACGUGACCGUGCAGGACAUUAAUGACAACCCCCCGGUGUUUGGCAGUUCCCACUACCAGGCGGGGGUGCCUGAGGACGCGGCCGUGGGCUCCAGCGUCCUCCAGGUGGCAGCGGCGGACGCGGACGAGGGCACCAACGCGGACAUUCGCUAUCGGCUGCAGGACGAGGGGACCCCCUUCCAAAUGGACCCCGAAACGGGGCUUAUCACGGUGCGGGAGCCCCUAGACUUCGAGGCCCGGCGCCAGUACUCGCUGACGGUGCAGGCUCUGGACCGAGGCGUGCCUUCCCUCACCGGGCGCGCGGAGGCGCUCAUUCAGCUGCUGGACGUCAACGAUAAUGACCCGGUGGUGAAAUUCCGCUACUUCCCUGCCACCUCGCGCUACGCCUCGGUAGACGAGAACGCCCAGGUGGGCACUGUGGUGGCUCUGCUCACCGUGACGGACGCAGACUCCCCCGCGGCCAACGGGAACAUCUCCGUGCAGAUUCUCGGGGGCAACGAGCAGCGCCACUUUGAGGUGCAGAGCAGCAAAGUGCCGAACCUGAGCCUCAUCAAAGUGGCCAGCGCCCUGGACCGCGAGCGCAUCCCGUCUUACAACCUCACGGUGUCCGUCUCGGAUAACUCCGGGGCGCCCCCUGCCGCAGGGGUCCAGGCGCGCUCCUCUGUGGCGAGCCUGGUGAUUUUCGUCAAUGACAUCAAUGACCACCCUCCCGUCUUUGCACAGCAAGUGUACAGAGUGAACCUGAGCGAGGAGGCGCCCCCGGGAAGCUAUGUGAGUGGGGUGUCUGCCACCGAUGGCGACUCGGGCCUCAAUGCGAAUCUGCGUUACAGCAUCGUCUCUGGCAAUGGACUAGGUUGGUUCCAUAUCAGUGAACACAGCGGCCUGGUGACUACUGGGGCUGCUGGAGGCUUGGACCGGGAACUUGCAUCCCAGAUUGUACUGAAUAUCAGUGCUCGGGACCAGGGCGUUCACCCCAAGGUUUCCUACGCCCAGCUUGUAGUAACUCUCCUGGAUGUGAAUGAUGAAAAGCCAGUGUUUAGCCAGCCAGAAGGGUAUCACGUGUCUGUGGUUGAGAAUGCCCCAGCGGGGACAGAACUGCUGGUGGUUGGGGCAACUGAUGGGGACCUGGGUGACAAUGGGACAGUGCGCUUCUCCCUGCAAGAGGCUGAGAUUGACCAGAGGUCCUUCCGCCUGGAUCCUGUGUCUGGGAGGUUGAGUACCGUCUCCUCCCUGGACAGAGAGGAGCAAGCUUUCUACUCCCUGUUGGUUCUGGCCGCAGAUCUGGGCUCCCCUCCCCAGUCCUCGGUGGCGCGCGUAAAUGUCAGCCUCCUGGAUUUGAACGACAACAGCCCCGUGUUCUACCCAGUCCAGUACUUUGCUCGCAUUCAGGAGAAUGAACCUGGAGGUAGCUACAUCACCACAGUGUCUGCCACUGACCCCGACUUGGGUCUCAAUGGAACUGUCAAAUACAGUAUAUCAGCUGGGGACAGGUCUCGGUUUCAGGUCAGUGCUCAGAGUGGGGUUAUUUCUACAAGAAUGGCCCUAGACAGAGAAGAAAAGACAGCUUACCAGCUGCAGAUCGUGGCUACUGACGGUGGCAAUUUACAGUCCUCCAACCAGGCCAUAGUAACCAUCACUGUGUUGGACACUCAGGACAACCCACCUGUGUUCAGUCAGGCUGCCUACAGCUUCGUGGUCUUUGAGAAUGUGGCUCUGGGGUACCACGUGGGUAGUGUGUCUGCAUCCACCAUGGACCUCAAUUCCAACAUCAGUUAUCUCAUUACUACUGGGGAUCAGAAAGGUAUGUUUGCUAUCAGCCGGGUCACUGGGCAGCUUACCACAGCAAGUAUGAUUGACAGAGAAGAGCAGUCCUUUUAUCAGCUGAAAGUAGUGGCCAGCGGGGGCACGGUGACUGGAGACACCAUGGUUAACAUCACAGUUAAGGAUCUGAAUGACAACUCUCCGCAUUUCCUUCAGGCGGUGGAGAGUGUGAAUGUGGUGGAGAAUUGGCAGGCAGGUCACAGCAUUUUCCAAGCCAAAGCCGUGGACCCUGAUGAGGGUGUCAAUGGCAUGGUAUUCUAUAGCCUGAAGCAAAACCCCAAGAACCUGUUUACCAUCAAUGAAAAGAACGGUAGCAUUAGUCUGCUAGGGCCCCUGGAUGUCCACGCGGGUUCCUAUCAGAUGGAGAUCUUGGCAUCGGAUAUGGGUGUGCCACAGCUCUCCUCCAGUUUGAUCUUAACGGUCCACGUCCAUGAUGUCAAUGACAACCCGCCAGUGUUUGACCAGCUGUCUUACGAGGUCACCCUUUCUGAGUCAGAACCUGUGAAUUCUCGAUUCUUUAAAGUGCAAGCUUUCGAUAAGGAUUCGGGAGCAAAUGGUGAAAUUGCAUACAGUAUUGCUGAAGGAAAUACAGGGGACGCUUUUGGCAUAUUCCCAGACGGUCAGUUGUAUAUAAAAAGUGAACUGGACCGUGAACUUCAAGACAGAUAUGUUUUACUGGUUGUUGCUUCUGACAGAGCAGUGGAGCCCCUUAGUGCUACUGUGAAUGUUACUGUGAUUUUGGAAGAUGUAAAUGAUAACAGACCUCUUUUUAACAGCACCAAUUACACGUUUUAUUUUGAAGAGGAGCAGAAAUCUGGGUCAUUUGUGGGCAAAGUAAGUGCCGUAGAUAAAGACUUUGGGCCAAAUGGAGAAGUAAGGUAUUCUUUUGAAAUGGUGCAGCCAGAUUUUGAGUUGCAUGCCGUUAGUGGGGAAAUUACAAACACUCAUCACUUAGACAGGGAGUCUCUUAUGAGGCGCAGAGGGACUGCAGUGUUUAGCUUUACAGUCAUCGCGACAGAUCGGGGGCUCCCGCAGCCCCUCAAGGAUCAGGCCACGGUACAUGUUUACAUGAAGGAUAUAAACGACAAUGCCCCCAAAUUCGUAAAAGACUUUUACCAAGCCACAAUAUCAGAGUCCGCAGCCAACUUGACACAGGUUUUAAGGGUGUCUGCCUCCGAUGUCGAUGAAGGUAGUAAUGGACUUAUUCGUUAUUCUGUCAUGAAAGGAAAUGAAGAAAGACAGUUUGCUAUAGACAGCACUUCCGGUCAGGUGACCCUAAUUGGCAAAUUAGAUUAUGAAGCAACAGCUGCCUAUUCCCUUGUCAUUCAAGCAGUGGAUUCAGGGGCGAUCUCCCUCAAUUCAACCUGUACCUUAAAUAUUGAUAUUUUAGAUGAAAAUGACAAUACCCCCUCUUUCCCCAAAUCGACACUAUUUGUCGAUGUUUUGGAAAACAUGAGAAUCGGUGAGCUGGUGUCCUCUGUAACCGCGACCGAUUCAGACUCGGGUGACAAUGCUGACUUACACUACAGUAUUACUGGGACUAACAACCACGGAACUUUCAGCAUUAGCCCAAACACUGGGAGUAUUUUUCUCGCCAAAAAAUUGGACUUUGAAACACAGUCUUUGUACAAAUUAAACAUAACAGCCAAAGACCAAGGAAGGCCUCCUCGUUCAUCUACGAUGUCCGUGGUCAUACACGUGAGGGACUUUAAUGACAACCCGCCUAGCUUUCCUCCUGGGGACAUCUUCAAGUCAAUUGCCGAGAACGUUCCCGUUGGGACGUCUGUCAUCUCAGUGACCGCCCAUGACCCCGACGCAGACAUUAACGGGCAGCUCUCCUACACCAUCAUUCAGCAGAUGCCAAGGGGCAACCACUUCGGCAUAGAUGAAGUCAAAGGCACUAUCUACACCGAUGCCGAAAUAGACCGGGAAUUUGCCAGUCUCUUCGAGUUGACCGUGAAAGCCAGCGACCAGGCGGUGCCUAUCGAGACUAGACGGUAUGCUCUGAAAAACGUGACCAUUUUGGUCACAGACCUCAAUGACAACGUCCCGAUGUUUAUAUCACAGAACGCCCUUGCCGCGGACCCGUCGGCUGUGAUUGGUUCUGUUCUGACAACCAUCACGGCCGCCGACCCAGACGAAGGUGCUAACGGAGAGGUGGAGUAUGAGAUCCUCAACGGGGACACCGACACCUUCAUCGUGGACCGUUUCAGCGGGGAUUUGAGAGUGGCUUCCGCGCUGGUGCCUUCGCAGCUGAUCUACAACCUCAUUGUUUCAGCAACAGACCUUGGUCCUGAGAGGAGGAAAUCGACCACUGAACUGACCGUCAUUCUUCAGGGCCUCGAUGGACCUGUUUUCACUCAGCCCAAGUACAUAACCAUUUUGAAGGAAGGAGAACCCAUCGGUACCAAUGUAAUAUCGAUAGAAGCGGCGAGCCCCAGGGGCUCGGAAGCCCCGGUGGAGUAUUACAUCGUUUCAGUUCGUUGCGAGGAGAAAGCCGUCGGCCGUCUCUUCACGAUCGGACGGCAGACGGGCAUCAUUCAGACCGCAGCCAUUCUGGACCGGGAGCAGGGAGCCUGCCUUUACCUGGUGGAGGUCUACGCCAUAGAAAAAUCAGCCGCUUUUCCCAGAACACAGAGAGCAGAGGUAGAAAUCACACUUCAGGAUAUCAAUGACAACCCACCGGUGUUUCCAACGGACAUGCUGGAUCUUACCGUAGAGGAGAACAUUGGAGACGGCUCCAAGAUUAUGCAGCUGACAGCCAUGGAUGCUGAUGAGGGUGCAAAUGCUCUCGUCACGUACACGAUCAUUAGUGGAGCUGACGACAGUUUCCGCAUUGACCCCGAGUCUGGAGAUCUGAUAGCGACCAGGAGGCUGGACAGGGAACGCCGUUCCAAAUAUUCCUUGCUGGUCCGUGCAGACGAUGGCCUGCAGUCUUCAGAUAUGAGAAUCAACAUCACCGUCAGCGACGUGAACGACCACUCGCCCAAGUUCUCCAGACCUGUGUACUCUUUUGACAUCCCAGAAGACACAACCCCAGGUUCUUUGGUAGCAGCUAUUUUAGCUACAGAUGACGACUCUGGUGUGAACGGAGAAAUUACAUAUAUUGUGAAUGAAGAUGAUGAAGAUGGCAUAUUCUUCUUGAAUCCAGUUACUGGAGUCUUUAAUUUGACUCGAGUAUUAGAUUAUGAAUCACAGCAAUAUUAUAUCCUCACCGUUCGAGCCGAAGACGGUGGGGGACAAUUUACCACCAUCAGGGUUUACUUCAAUAUACUAGACGUAAAUGAUAACCCACCUGUUUUCAGCUUGAAUUCAUAUAGCACGUCCUUAAUGGAGAAUCUGCCUCUGGGAUCCACUGUUCUCGUGUUUAACGUUACUGACGCAGAUGAUGGCAUCAACUCCCAACUGGCUUAUAGCAUUGCUUCAGGUGACAGCCUCGGGCAGUUUGCGGUGGACAAGAACGGUGUGCUGACAGUCCUCAAAAGCCUGGACCGGGAAAGUCAGUCCUUUUACAGCCUGGUGGUUCAGGUGCACGACCUGCCCCCGCCUCCGGCCAAAAACAGCACUGCCCAGGUCUCCAUUAUCCUGCUGGACGUGAACGACAACCCGCCGACGUUCCUGUCCCCGAGACUGACGUACAUUCCAGAGAACACGCCGCUCGACACCGUGGUUUUCAAAGCUCAGGCCACGGACCCGGACAGCGGCCCGAACAGCUACGUGGAGUACGCCCUGCUGAGCCCGUCGGGCAGCAAGUUCAGCAUCGGGACCAUCGACGCGGAGGUGCGGCUCACGGGCGAGCUGGACCGCGAGGCCGUCUCCAAUUACACGCUCACGGUGCUGGCGACGGACAAGGGGCAGCCGGCGCUGUCCUCGUCGGCCGAGGUCGUGGUCGUGGUGCUCGACAUCAACGACAACAGCCCGGCGUUCGCGCAGGCUCUGUACCGAGUGGAGAUGAGCGAGGACACCCUCACGGGGACGGACGUGGUGCAGGUGUGCGCGGCCGACGCCGACGAGGGGACCAACGGACAGGUGCGCUACGGCAUUGUGGACGGCAACGCCGACCAGGACUUCCGGAUCGACUCGGUCACAGGGGCCGUCACGGUGGCCAGGCCGCUGGACAGGGAAAAGACCUCCACUUACCUUUUAACCGUUCAGGCAGCAGAUAGGGGCAGCACCCCCAGAACUGACACCUCCACGGUCAGCAUCGUCCUUCUGGACAGCAAUGACUUUGUUCCCACCUUUGAGCUCUCUCCGUACUCUAUAAACGUCCCUGAGAAUUUAGGGGCACUGCCCAGGACGGUUCUUCAGGUGGUGGCGAGAGAUGAUGAUCAGGGUCUUAACAGCAAACUCUCCUACGUUCUGGUUGGUGGCAACGAAGACAACGCUUUCACUCUCUCAGCUGGUGGGGAACUCCGAGUAACACGGAGUUUGGACCGUGAAACGAAGGAGCGCUUUGUCCUGACGAUCACAGCUACGGAUUCAGGAUCCCCGGCCUUGACUGGAACUGGGACAGUCCAUGUUGUAGUAGAUGACGCCAAUGACAACAUCCCCACUUUUGCCAGUAAAAUGUAUUUCACUGCGGUUCCCGAAGAUGCACCCACGGGAACAGACGUUUUACUGGUGAACGCCUCAGAUGCUGAUGCUUCCACGAACGCAGUUAUCAGUUACAGGAUCAUCGGUGGAAACUCUCAGUUCACCAUCAACCCAUCCACGGGACAGAUCAUCACCAGUGCGUUGCUGGACCGGGAAACAAAAGAUAAUUACACCUUAGUGGUGGUCGCCAGUGACGCUGGAUCCCCAGAGCCUCUUUCCAGUUCCACCAGUGUGCUGGUCACGGUGACCGACGUCAAUGACAAUCCACCAAGGUUUCAGCAUCACCCGUAUGUCACACACAUCCCGUCUACAACGUCUCCAGGUUCCUUCGUCUUUGCCGUCACAGUCACAGAUGCUGAUAUCGGACCCAAUUCUGAACUGCAUUACUCCCUUUCGGGUAGAAACUCUGAAAAAUUUCACAUUGACCCGCUGAGGGGAGCUAUCAUGGCAGCUGGACCACUAAACGGAGCCUCAGAAGUGACGUUCUCUGUACACGUGAAAGACGGUGGCCCAUCUCCAAAGACAGACUCUACAACGGUGACUGUCCGAUUUGUGAACAAGGCAGACUUCCCUAAAGUGCGAGCCAAAGAGCGAACGUUCAUGUUCCCCGAAAACCAGCCGGUGGGCACUCACGUCACCACGGUUACGGGGUCCUCCUUGAGAGGCGAGCCUUUGUCCUAUUACAUUGCAAGUGGGAAUCUCGGCAACACGUUCCAAAUCGAUCAGCUGACAGGACAGGUGUCCAUUAGCCAGCCUCUGGAUUUUGAAAGGAUCCAAAAGUUUGUUGUAUGGAUCGAGGCCAGAGACGGAGGUUUCCCUCCUUUUUCCUCUUACGAGAAACUCGACAUCACCGUGUUAGAUGUCAAUGAUAAUUCCCCGGUUUUUAAGGAAGAUCCAUUUGUAUCUGAAAUAUUGGAAAACCUUUCUCCUCGAAAAAUACUUACCGUCUCAGCGAUGGAUAAGGACAGUGGGCCCAAUGGACAGAUAGAUUAUGAAAUUGUAAACGGCAACAAAGAACACAGUUUCAGCAUCAAUCAUGCUACUGGUGAAAUUAGAAGCAUUCGGCCUUUAGACAGGGAAAAAAUAUCGCAGUAUGUGCUGACCAUAAAGUCCUCGGACAAAGGGUCCCCUUCUCAGAGUACCUCGGUAAAAGUCAUCAUUAACAUUUUAGAUGAAAAUGAUAACGCCCCCAAGUUUUCUCAAAUAUUCAGUGCCCACGUUCCUGAAAAUUCCCCAUUAGGAUACACAGUUACACGUGUCACAACUUCUGAUGAAGACGUCGGUGUAAAUGCCGUCAGUAGAUAUUCUAUAAUAGACAGAAGUCUUCCAUUUACAAUUAAUCCCAGCACGGGGGACAUCGUCAUUAGUAGGCCUUUGAAUAGAGAAGAUACGGACCGUUACAGAAUCCGAGUUUCUGCACAUGACUCUGGCUGGACUGUAAGUACAGAUGUCACAAUAUUUGUGACAGAUGUCAAUGACAAUGCUCCACGAUUCAGCAGACCCUCCUAUUAUUUAGAUUGCCCUGAACUUUCUGAAAUUGGCUCUAAAGUGACUCAGGUGUCUGCAACGGAUCCUGACGAGGGGUCAAAUGGACAAGUGUUUUAUUUUAUAAAAUCUCAGUCAGAGUAUUUCAGGAUUAAUGCCACCACAGGAGAGAUUUUCAGCAAACAGGUCUUAAAAUACCAGAAUGUCAGCGGCUUCAGUAAUGUGAACAUCAACAGACACAGUUUCAUAGUGACGUCUUCAGAUCGGGGUAACCCUUCCUUACUUAGUGAGACAACUGUCACCAUCAACAUAGUGGACAGCAAUGACAAUGCACCUCAGUUUCUUAAAAUGAAGUAUUUUACUCCCGUCACCAAAAAUGUUAAAGUCGGUACAAAGUUAAUCAAAGUGACUGCGGUAGAUGAUAAAGAUUUUGGGCUGAAUUCUGAAGUGGAGUACUUCGUUUCUGGUGAAAAUCAUUCAGGGAAGUUUAAACUGGACAACAACACGGGGUGGAUUUCGGUGGCAUCGUCCCUGAUUUCUGACUUGAAUCAGAACUUUCUGAUCACUGUCACUGCCAAGGACAAAGGGAACCCGCCACUCUCCUCCCAAGCGACUGUUCAGAUAGUUGUUACUGAGGAGAACUAUCACACCCCCGAGUUCUCUCAGACCCAUGUGACUGCAGCCCUCCCUGAAAGCCACAGCAUCGGGGCCAUGGUCAGGACGGUUUCCGCACGAGACAGAGACGCGGCCAUGAACGGCGUGAUCAGGUACAGCAUCUCGUCGGGCAACGAGGGGGGCGUUUUUGCGAUCAACUCGUCCACGGGCGUUUUAACACUCGCCAAAGCGCUCGAUUAUGAGCUAUGCCAGAAACAUGAAAUGACCGUCAGUGCCACGGAUGGAGGAUGGGUUGCAAGAACCGGUUACUGCAGUGUGACCGUCAAUGUGAUUGACGUGAAUGACAAUUCUCCGGUAUUCCUCCCCGAUGAGUACUUGCCGACUGUUUUGGAGAAUGCCCCGAGCGGGACCACCGUUAUCCACCUCAAUGCGACCGAUGCUGACUCUGGAACCAAUGCCGUGAUCGCCUAUGCUGUGCAGUCAUCUGACAGUGACCUCUUUGUCAUCGACCCCAACACGGGAGUCAUCACCACUCAAGGCUUCUUGGAUUUUGAAACCAAGCAGAGCUACCACCUGACUGUGAAAGCUUUCAAUGUCCCCGACGAAGAAAGGUGCAGCUUCGCCACUGUUAAUAUUCAGCUGAAAGGGACAAAUGAGUAUGUGCCGCGCUUCGUUUCCAAACGUUACUAUUUCGAAAUCUCAGAAGCAGCUCCUAGGGGUACGCUCGUGGGAGAAGUGUUUGCCAGCGACCGGGACCUGGGCGCCGACGGCGAGGUACACUAUCUGAUUUUUGGUAACAGCAGAAAGAAGGGAUUCCAGAUCAAUAAGAAGACUGGACAGAUUUAUGUUUCUGGACUCCUUGACAGAGAAAAAGAAGAAAGGGUAUCUCUGAAGGUCCUGGCCAAGAAUUUUGGCAGCAUCAGAGGUGCCGACGUAGAUGAGGUCACUGUGAACAUCACCGUGCUCGAUGCCAACGACCCGCCCAUUUUUAGUCUAACCGUCUACAGCGUUCAGAUCAGUGAAGGGGUCCCGAUGGGGACUCAUGUGACCUUUGUCAGUGCCUUCGACUCAGACUCCGUCCCCAGCUGGAGCAGGUUUUCGUACUUCAUCGGGUCAGGGAACGAGAAUGGCGCCUUUUCCAUCCAUCCGCAGACGGGGCAGAUCACCGUCACCGCAGAGCUAGAUCGAGAAACCCUGCCCGUCUAUAACCUCACGGUUUUGGCCGUCGAUUCGGGGACGCCCUCCGCCACGGGGAGCGCCUCUUUGCUGGUCACCCUGGAAGACAUAAACGACAACGGGCCCGUGCUGACCGUCUGCGAAGGCGAGGUCAUGGAAAACAAGCGCCCGGGAACCCUGGUGACGACGCUGCAGUCCACGGACCCUGACCUGCCCCCGAACCAGGGUCCCUUCACCUACUACUUGCUGAGCACGGGCCCGGCCACCAACUACUUCAGCCUGAGCGCGGCCGGCGUGCUGAGCACCACGCGGGAGAUCGACCGCGAGCAGAUCGCGCACUUCUACCUGUCGGUGGUGACGCGGGACUCGGGCGUGCCGCAGAUGUCGUCCACGGGGACCGUGCGCGUCACCGUCAUCGACCAGAACGACAACCCGUCGCAGCCCCGGGCGGUGGAGAUUUUCGUGAACUACUUCGGCACCGUGUUCCCCGGCGGCACAUUGGGCUCGGUGAAGCCGCAGGACCCGGACGUGGCCGACACCUUCCGCUGCUCGCUGACGGCGGGCGUGGCCGGCCUGUUCAGCAUCCCGAGGGGCACCUGCGACCUGAGCGCGCAGCCGCGGGCGGCGGACGGCACGUUCGAGCUGGCCGUGCUCAGCGACGACGGGCUCCACGGCCCGGUCACCAGCAGCGUCCGCGUGUUCUUCGCGGGCUUUUCCAACGCCACGCUGGACAGCAGCGUCGUCCUGCGGCUGGGCGUCCCCACGGUCAGGGACUUCCUGGCGAACCACUACCUGCCCUUCCUGCGCACCGCCAGCGCGCAGCUGGCCGGCCUGGGCACCGCCGUGCAGCUGUGCCACAACGGCGGCACGUGCCACAACCUCGUGGGGGGCUUUUCGUGCAGCUGCCCCGACGGCUUCACCGGCCGGGCCUGCGAGCGCGACGUCAACGAGUGCCUGCCCAGCCCUUGCAGGAACGGGGCCGUCUGCCAGAACUUCCCGGGGAGCUUCAGCUGCGUUUGCAAAACCGGAUACACAGGGAAAAUGUGUGAGUCUUCAGUCGAUUACUGUGAAUGCAACCCCUGCUUUAACGGCGGGUCCUGCCAGAGUGGCGUGGAGCCUUACUACUGUCACUGCCCGUUUGGUGUCUUUGGAAAACACUGCGAGUUGAACAGUUAUGGAUUUGAGGAGUUAUCGUACAUGGAAUUUCCCAGCUUGGAUCCCAAUAACAACUAUAUUUAUGUCAAAUUUGCAACUAUUAAAAGCCAUGCUUUAUUGCUUUACAAUUAUGACAACCAGACGGGGGACCGGGCUGAAUUUCUGGCCCUUGAAAUUGCUGAAGAAAGACUAAGAUUCUCUUAUAAUUUAGGCAGCGGUACAUAUAAACUCACCACCAUGAAGAAGGUGUCAGACGGACAUUUUCACAGUGGUUUCCUCAUGCUAACAGGUGACCUUCACGGGGGACAGGUGGCGGCUUCCUUGACGGUGGACUCUUGUCCUGAGAACCAAGAACCGGGAUAUUGCACUGUCAGUAAUGUGGCGGUUUCAGAUGACUGGACUCUUGAUGUUCAGCCAAAUCGAGUCACAGUUGGAGGCAUCAGAUCUCUAGAACCAGUCCUUCGGAGGAGGGGACACGUGGAAAGCCAUGAUUUCGUCGGGUGCAUAAUGGAGUUCGCAGUCAAUGGAAGGCCUCUGGAACCCAGCCAGGCCUUGGCAGCACAAGGCAUCCUAGACAUGUGCCCUAGACUAGAAGGCGCUUGCACCCGCAGCCCCUGCCAGCACGGUGGCACGUGUACAGACCACUGGUCAUGGCAGCAGUGUCACUGCAAAGAAGGACUGACUGGGAAAUACUGCGAAAAAUCCAUCACCCCUGACACUGCCUUGUCGCUGGAAGGCCAAGGGCGCCUGGACUACCACAUGAGCCAGAAUGAGAAGCGGGAGUAUUUGCUAAGGCAGAGCAUACGAGGGGCCACGUCGGAGCCUUUUGGCGUGAACAGUCUGGAAGUAAAAUUCAGGACGAGAAGCGAGAACGGCGUUUUAAUCCAUAUCCAAGAAAGCAGCAAUUACACUACUGUGAAGAUUAAGAAUGGCAAAGUCCAUUUUACAUCAGAUGCAGGAAUUGCUGGGAAGGUGGAAAGAAACAUUCCUGAAGUGUAUGUUGCAGAUGGCCACUGGCAUGCUGUUCUAAUCGGAAAAAAUGGAACAGCCACAGUACUGUCCAUCGACAGAAUCUAUAACAGAGACAUCGUCCACCCUACUCAAGAUUUUGGUGGCCUCGAGGUGCUCACUAUAUCCCUUGGAGGAAUUCCGCCCAACCAAGCGCAUCGAGAUGCUCAAACAGGUUUCGACGGCUGCAUCGCGUCCGUGCUGUACGGCGGGCAGAGCCUGCCCUUCAGCGGGAGGCACAGCCUGGCCUCCAUCUCCAAGACCGACCCGUCGGUGAAGACCGGAUGCCGCGGCCCCAACAUCUGCGCCAGCAACCCGUGCUGGGGCGACCUGCUGUGUGUCAACCAGUGGCACGCGUACAAGUGCGUGCCGCCGGGGGACUGCGCGUCGCGCCCCUGCCAGAACGGGGGCAGCUGCGAGCCCGGCCUGCACUCCGGCUUCGCGUGCAGCUGCCCGGAGUCGCACACGGGCCGGACCUGCGAGACGGUGGUGGCCUGUCUCGGCGUCCUCUGCCCCCAGGGGAGGGUGUGCAAAGCUGGCAGCCCCGGCGGGCACGUGUGCGUCCCGAGCCAGGGCCCCGAGGAGCUGUCGCUGCCGCUGUGGGCCGUGCCCGCCAUCGUGGGCAGCUGCGCCACCGUCCUGGCGCUGCUGGUCCUGAGCCUGAUCCUCUGUAACCAGUGCCGGGGCAAGAAGGCCGCGGGCCCCAAGGAGGCCAAGAAGCCGAAGGAGAAGAAGAAGAAGGGCAGCGAGAACGUCGCCUUCGACGACCCGGACCACCUGCCGCCGUUCGCCGACGACCUGACGGUGAGGAAGCAGCCGGAGGGCAACCCGAAGCCGGACAUCAUCGAGCGGGAGAACCCGUACCUGAUCUACGACGAGGCCGACCUGCCGCGCGGCCCCGAGGCCGUGCCCAGCGCGCCGCUGGCGGCCCCGGAGCAGGAGCCGGAGCACUACGACAUCGACAACGCCAGCAGCAUCGCGCCGUCGGACGCCGACAUCAUCCAGCACUACAAGCAGUUCCGCAGCCACACGGAAGUUUUUUCAACAGUUGAAAUAAAUCUUCCCAGCAACUGCACUAAACGAGCCAAUAUGGUAGUCCUCACACAAUUGACCUUACGAUAUUCCUUUGAUAUGCAACUGUCAGCCAUUACUCUUCGAGCCUGUCGUAAUACCAUCGUUGCCAUCACGGUCUGUGACCCUGCCUUCGGCAUUCAGCGUCAUUACUGA